AUUUAUUUAUUUAUUUAUUUAUUUAUUUAUUUAUUUUCUCCAUACCAGGAAUGGAACUCAACCCUCGCGCUUGUCAGGCAGAUUCCGUGCCGCUGAGAGACAACCUGGGCCCUCCUGUUUCAAUUUAAAAAUGGCCAAACUGGGGCCCAGGGAGUUUCCUCCGGCGACCCAAAGUCAGCCAGCAAGCUCACAGAUGCGGCUGUGCACGCGGAGUUCGGAGCGGUCUGGUUUUCCCUCCUUGCGGAUGCCCGGGCGCCCAGUCCCCCCCCCCGCCCCCCCCCCCCGCGCCGCCGCUCUGCGGAGCGCGAGCCUCUGCGUCCCCUUUAACACCCCGCCCCCCUGCUCCCUCCUCCCCUUGCAGGCAGACGCCAGGAUUGCGCGGCCGCCCGCAGGCAGCUGCCCAGUCCUUCGGGCGCGGCGGGGAGCGCGGUCGGGACGCGGGGCCGCUGCGGGCGCGGGCAGGAUGGUGCGCGCUCCGGCGGCUCUCGGAGCCCGCGUGCUCUGGGCCGCGGCCUGGGGCCUCCUGCUGCUCUCGGCACCCGUGGGGGCGCAGCGCGGCCGCAAGAAGGUGGUGCACGUGCUCGAGGGGGAGUCGGGCUCCGUGGUGGUGCAGACGGCCCCCGGGCAGGUGGUCAGCCACCGGGGUGGCACCAUCGUCUUGCCCUGUCGCUACCACUACGAAGCGGCCGCCCACGGACACGACGGCGUCCGCCUCAAGUGGACGAAGGUGGUGGACCCGUUGGCCUUCAUCGAUGUCUUCGUGGCGCUGGGGCCCCAGCACCGGGCAUUUGGCAGCUACCGCGGGCGGGCUGAGCUGCAGAACGAUGGGCCUGGGGACGCGUCUCUGGUUCUGCGAAACGUCACCCUGCAGGACUACGGGCGCUACGAGUGUGAGGUCACCAACGAGCUGGAAGAUGACGCCGGCAUGGUCAAACUAGACCUGGAAGGCGUGGUCUUCCCCUACCACCCGCGUGGAGGCCGCUACAAACUGACUUUCGAGGAGGCAAAGCGCGCGUGCGCGGAGCAGGACGGCAUUCUGGCGUCAGCUGAGCAGUUGCAUGCGGCCUGGCGCGACGGCCUGGACUGGUGCAACGCGGGCUGGCUGCGCGACGGCUCGGUGCAGUACCCCGUGAGCAGGCCACGGGAGCCCUGCGGCGGCCUGGGCGGACCCGGGAGCGCAGGGCCUGAAGGCGGCGUCGCGCAAGGGGGCGUGCGCAACUAUGGUUACCGCCACAAUGCCCGGGAGCGCUACGACGCCUUCUGCUUCACCUCCAACCUUCCGGGACGCGUGUUCUUUCUGAAGCCUCUACGGCCUGUGCCCUUCGCGGGGGCGGCACGCGCCUGUGCAGCGCGCGGCGCGGACGUGGCCAAAGUGGGCCAGCUGUUCGCCGCCUGGAAGUUGCAGCUGCUGGACCGCUGCACCGCGGGCUGGCUGGCCGACGGCAGCGCGCGCUACCCCAUCGUGAACCCGCGCGCGCGCUGCGGGGGUCUCCGGCCUGGCGUGCGCAGCCUCGGCUUCCCAGACGCGUCGCGGCGCCUCUUUGGCGUCUAUUGCUACCGCGCGCCCGGCGCGCCCGACCCCGCGCCCGGCGGCUGGGGCUGGGGCUGGGCCGGCGGCGGCGGCUGGGCAGGGGGUUCGCGUGACCCUGGGGCCUGGACCCCGCUGCGCGUCUAGGAACCUGCAGGAGGGGUGGCCUUGACUGGCCACGCCCCCCAAGGCGCCCUGGACGCUGUCCACGACCCCGAGGGCUCCGGAAGCCCGGCCACAGGCCCUCUGGGCUUUUGGAAAGUAACGGCGCCCAUGGGGUGCCUGGCGCCCCCUCGAUACAGACCCAGCCCAUCUCUUCGGGACAGUGGAUUUCCCUCUCCCCAGUUUCUCCAGAAGGGCCACCACCUUCUUGAAGGCGGGCUACCCCUCUUCGUUCGGCCCCCUGGAGACAGACUGCUACCUCGGUCGCGUGGUGGCUGGACCCCCGAGACUGGCGACUGGCCACACACCCUCUGCAUUUCCCUGGAGACUGGAAACGUGUCCCUUUGAUCAGCUGUACACCGAAUCCCCUCCCACUAUCUGGAGAGAAAACGGAAACCUCAGGGUUCCCAGUUGACCACGGGUCCCCCACCCCACGGCCUGCAGACCGGGCUCUUCCACGAGCCCUGAGAAUGCCCUAAAGUUUCCGGGGUAACUAGCGCAUUCCCGGCCCCUGUGAGGACAGUCCCACCUCAGUCUCUUGGAAGAGCACUUUUAUUUAUAAGUCACCAGUAGAUCGACACGCCCCCAAGUGGCUGGCGACAGUGGCAGCUGAGCUCCAGCUCCCCCUCGGGAUUUCUCUGGAUGGGGAGCAGACCGGUCCCCCCAAGGCUCCUUGCAGGGCUGUCACCAAAGAGAUCAUUCCUUCGGUCCCAGCGACCCGUAAGAUUCUUGUCAUGGAGACCAGCAGCCUGGCUUCUUACUGUCACCAACAGAAAGUGACACCCCUCACCAGUCACGCCCAGUCCCUCCUCCGCUGUAACCAUGGAUACCACAGGUUUCCCAUCUCACCAGCCCUCACUCCAGAGGAUAUACUUCUACUCGGGCUGUCCCCACUCCUCAAAACUGUCCCCAGGGCAACCCAACAUUUGGUUCCGCGGCUGUCACUAUGGAAACAGGGUGCCUCCCCCGCCCUCUCCUGGCGCACCCGGGCUCUUGGCUUGGCCCCUGGGCUGCUGGGAGACCCCCUUGUUGCCGAGGAAACCAAACUCUGGUGUCUGAGGUGACACAACACCUGUCCCCAUAGGCUUUCCCUCCUCCACCAAGCUGUCGACUGUCAACGUCGUUCCCAUGACAACCGAUCUCCCAGUUCUCAGGAACUUUUCACCAGAGGCCCGAUGGGCCCAGGCUCAGACGGCGCUCCAGACAAGGCUAGACUUCUGGGGCCAUCGGUCACGCUCGGUAUGCACGCUAACUAUACACCGGGCAGCUGCUGUGCAUGCGCCACCCAGACUCAGAUUCCCACUUACAGGUCGGGCUCCGGCUGUGGGGUGCUCGGUCCUAUGAACUGUGUGGGUUCUGGGGCUACGCCCACCGCCCAGGCCACACCCAUCUCUCCCGGCCCCGCCCACAGCUUCCUCCCAAGGCCGGCGAUUUGCGCAAUGAGGUCAGACGCCAGGCCGACCUUUCCGCUGACAGUCCCUUCCUGUAGCCCGGUGGCGGGAGACCCCGGUUCUGAGGGCCCGUCUGGAGCGCUCCUCAUUGCUGUUCCCGUCUCUAGGAAACGCGCCUGCAAGCUUGGGCAUCGGGUGGGCACGGGUUUGGAUCCGGCCUGUUGUCUUUGCUCACUGUGUGACCAGGCGACAAAUCCCCUCUGAGCCUGCUUCCCUCAGCGUCCAGGGUUGUCUGCGGUUCCCUCGAGUGCAUUGCAUACAGCAGGAGUUCAAUAAAUCUUUGAUUUUUUUUUUUUUUUUUUUUUUGGUACCGGGGAUCGAACUCACGACAGCGCGCUUGCAGGGCAGGCCCUUAUGCUGCUGAGCUAAAUCCCCGGCCAUUCUUUGAUUCUUUUAAUAAAUGAGAAAACAACGCA